ACGAGGUGAUAGUGUUGGCUGAAUAUAAAUAGGCUAAAUUCAAAGGCUUGGAAGCGAUAAAGCUCGGAGCUCGGAGCUCGGAGCAGAUCUGCUGGACUGUCGAGGCCCGGCGAGAUUCACGCCGGCGAAUAUUUCCGGUGAGGCUGAGCCAUCAAUUUUGGCGAUCGACGAUGACCAGUCAUCACUGGAGAGCUAAUAAUAGUCACAAACGCAGCAGGAACGGUCCGGAGAUGAAGGAGAAAGCGAAGAAGACAACGAAAUUCGAACGACGACUAGUGAGGUACCAGGAGUUGCCGGAAUUCUUAAGAGAUAACGAAUACAUAUUGGACUAUUACCGUUCGGAAUGGCCCGUGAAGGACGCCUUGUGGAGCGUCUUCUCAUGGCACAACGAAACCCUAAACAUAUGGACGCAUUUAGCGGGAUUUCUGAUAUUCGCGGCGUUUGCUCUGGUGAGCACUAUGAAGACGAUGCAGCUGGAGCUCGGAGAUUUCGCUUCAAAUUUGAGCAGAGCUGCGGCGGGGGGCGUGCUGAUGACGACGGAGGUGAUCAACGGCUCUGGUAGUGGUGGCACCCGAUUCUCUGAGAUGGGGACAAAAGUGGUGGGGCCUAUGGGAGGGAAGGCGCCAGCAAAAUCCCAGUGGCGCGAGAUAUGA